AUGGCAGAGUUCCCCCAGUGUGACGGCGCAAUGGACACCAACGCCCACCACAAGGCCGCGCCGAAUGACGGCCGGACGCCCACCCUCGUCCAUCGCAUGAAGCACGACAAGUCAAUCCUCGCCCUUGCCGUCUCGUCGCAAUAUAUCUUCGCCGGCACACAAGGAGGCGAGAUACUAGUAUUUGGCCUUGACACGUACGAGUUGCGCAGGACUAUUGAGGCUCACAGAGGAAGUGUGCUUAGCCUGACGUUGUCGCAAGACCAAUCCCUGCUGUUCUCCAGCGCGACAGAUCCGAUUGUCAAUGUCUGGUGUACUUCAAACUUCGACCGUCUGUACGCGCUCUGGUCGCCCUACGACGUGGGCGACAUUUUCUGCGUAGCCUACUCUUCCUACCACAAAACUCUCUAUCUCGGCGCCCAAAACACCAGCAUACAGUGGUACGACCUGAAGCAGAAAGACCUCCGGCCGCAGCCCAACCCGGCAUCGCACCCUUCCGAGCGCAAGAACCGUUUCUUCGAUUCCACUGGCCCCGGCGGGGUCUCGACCCCCCGACCACAAGCCGCGGAUGUAAGCUUGAGGGAUGCUGUGGGAGGGCAAUACCUGGAAAUUGACAGGCAGGACGUGCACCAGUUCGCACACUAUGGAUACGUCAACUGCAUGCUCCUGGGUAAAGGCAUAAUUCCCGAGGCUCCUGAGGAGAUACUAGUAUCAGGCGGUGGAGAUGGCCGAAUCAUUCUGUGGAGGAUAGACCAGACCAACGGCGGCGCCAUUGCAAGUCUUUACACGCUGGAAGACGGCAGGGAGGAAGGAGAGUCUAUACUUUCCCUUGCCCGAGAUGGUUCAUUUCUCUACAGCGGACGAUUUGAUGGUGAGGUCAAUGUUUGGGAUCUGGAAACAAGGCAGCUCGUCAGAAGCCUCAAGGCUGCAACAGGAGACGUCCUCACCCUCGCUCUGGGCGGUGGCCAUCUCUUUGCGGGCGGAGUGUCUGGACUUGUGCAGAAAUACAACCAGCACUACGAAAUCAUCUCGACCUUCAAAGCGCACGAGGGCCUGAUAUUAGCAUCCACGUUCACAAGCUACAACUCCAAACCGACGUUUGUGACCGGUGGCAAUGACAACACCAUUGUCAUCUGGGAAGUUCCAGACUGUGAAGGCCACGUGUCUGACGCCAAAAGGAGCAACAACGAUCUCAUGGUGGAAUCGCUUAAUCAGUUCAUCUCGUUCAAGACCGUAUCCUCUCUGCCGAAGUACCGUGCAGACUGUCGGCGCGGCGCGUCGUAUCUUCGCUCUGUUUUCCAAAACUUUGGUGCCGCUACUGAGAUGCUCAACACGAGCGAACCUUACAACCCAAUCGUUUUCGCGAAGUUCAGAGGCAAUCCUGCCUCUGCAGCUUCGAGGAAAAAGAUCCUUUUCUAUGGCCAUUACGAUGUCAUCGCUGCCGAGAACGAGCAGGCAAAAUGGAAGCAUGACCCUUUCGUACUGACGGGAGAGGGCGGAUAUCUGUACGGUCGAGGCAUUUCCGACAACAAAGGCCCGAUCAUGGCUGCUAUUUAUGCAGCUCACGAACUCGCCAAUGAGCAGAGUCUAGGAUCCGACAUCAUUUUCUUGAUAGAAGGCGAAGAAGAAAGUGGCUCGCGCGGCUUCGCGCAGGCUGUCAAGGCAAAGAAGGAGCUCAUUGGUGAUGUAGAUUGGAUUUUGUUGGCAAACAGCUACUGGCUGGACGAUCACGUACCCUGCCUCACCUAUGGUCUGCGAGGUGUCAUCCACGCAACAGUCCAGAUCGAAAGCAAACAUCCCGAUCUGCAUAGUGGUGUCGAUGGAAGUGCAUUGCUUGAUGAGCCACUGAAGGACCUUGUCAUGCUCCUGUCAAAGCUGACUGGCUCACACGGCAAAGUCCAGAUCCCGGGUUUCUACGAUCCGAUUUUACCUCUUGCAGAAGACGAGGAGCAACUGUAUUCCGAGAUCACCGCCACGCUUCUCCGCGGCAAUCCAGACCUGGGCGAUGCCGACGCCUUGGCUCAAUCACUGAUGCGCAGGUGGCGCGAAGCAUCGCUCACCAUUCAUCGCUUCCAGACUUCAGGUCCGGAUAACUCCACCAUCAUCCCGCGACUAGCCAGGGCGUCGUUGUCUCUCCGACUGGUGCCCAACCAAGAAGCCUCAGAAGUCGCCCGCUCACUCCAAAAUUUCCUCCAAUCCGAGUUCUCCCUUCUCGACUCUAAAAACUCUCUCAAAGUGACGAUCGACCACCAAGCUGAGCCUUGGCUCGGCGACUACCAAUCACCUAUUUAUCAAACCCUAGAGUCUGCUAUCAUGUCCGUCUGGGGCCCAACCCUCGGCCGCCGGCGUAGCUCGGUGCACUCCCUCAAGCACAACCUUGACUACUUCAACCCCAAUUCCAAUUCCGCCUCGUCUGACACCCGACCCAGCCCAACGACGUCGAACACGCUGGCGAACGGCUCAGGUGAACCAGAUGAAAAGGGCUUCGUAGCACAGAAACCCCUAUACAUCAGGGAAGGAGGAAGUAUUCCUAGCAUCAGGUUCUUGGAGAAAGAGUUCGAUGCCCCGGCUGCGCAUCUACCGUGCGGGCAGGCGAGUGAUAGCGCGCAUUUGGAUAACGAGCGCUUGCGCCUUGUGAAUCUGUACAACAGCAAAAAGAUCUUCAAGAAGGUGUUUAGUGAGUUGCCUUUGAGAUAG